GUUUUUUUUUGUCAUCCGCGUGCGCAGUGCCGCCGGUUUUGCGGCACUAAUGCGAAGAGUGAUUAUACUUUCACAAAAUUUGAAAUUCGUGUAAUAAAAUAAUUACGUUAAAAAUAAAGUUGUGUUAUGAUUAUACGUUUUUUGAAUGAUUAUGGUUUUAAAUUAAGAUAAAUUGAAUGAUUCAUUUUGUCAUAAAGUUAAACAAAAAUCUAAUAAUACUUUUUAAAAUAAUAAACUAAAUCAAAAUAGGCCGUUUUAAUCAAUCUUUUACGGAGUAAACGCGCUUAGAAAUAUUUUUACUGAAUUUAAUAACAAACAACUUUAUCAUUACAAGCGGAUUUUAAAAAGGAUUCAAGAUGAGUCUGUUCAAGACGAUGGCAGCUGUCACAAUAUCUUGUGGAAAGAUGGGCAUUAGGAAUGGAAGUUUGCCCAUACGACCUCUACUGACUUGCGCCCCCGUGGCACUGACAUGGGACCGUGGUGCGCACACGCAGGACAUCACGAAGAAUAUACAAUAUAUCACCAAUGAGAAGAUCAAGCUAACGACAGAUCCAAAAACUAUGAAAUUGGACAAACAACUGAACCGUCCAACAUGCGUAAUGAUCAACUGGCUUCUGGCACGACAGAAACACGUGAUGAAAUACGCAAAUCUAUACCUCGAGCAGGGCUUCGACGUCAUCUCCGUGUCCUGCACGCCUUGGCAGCUGAUUUGGCCGCUCAAGGGUUCUCAGCUGGUAGCGGCUGAUCUCAUAAAGUUCAUGGCGGCGAAUGAAAACGACCAACCGACCGUCCUCCACGGGUUCUCGGUGGGCGGGUACAUCUGGGGCGAGGUGUGCGUGCAUAUCAUGAAUAAUAAGGAAAAAUACCAACCAGUAAUAGACCGCAUAGCGGCUCAAGUGUGGGACUCGGCCGCUGAUAUCACUGAGAUCACAAUCGGCGUGCCGGCCGCGGUCUUCCCGAAGAACAAAAUCAUGCAGAAAACACUAAAGGCGUAUAUGGAAUACCACCUGAAGACGUUCCACGACGCCGCCACCGUGCACUACAUCCGCUCGUCGCAGCUGUUCCACACCAACCUGUGCCGCGCGCCCGCGCUGUUCCUGCUGUCCGCCAGCGACCCCGUGGGCGCCGAGCGCAGCAACCGCAGCGUCUACGACAGCUGGUGCAAGAUGGGCAUCAAGUGCACGUGGCAAUGCUGGGACCGCUCGCCGCACGUGCAGCACUUCAGCAAGCACCGCGACGAGUACGUGUCGCUGCUGCGCGCGCACCUGCAGCAGCACGUCAGCGCGCAACACGCGCCCGCGCCCGCGGAACUGUCUCGCGCGCACGCCCGCUGACGCGCUGCGACCCGCCUCGGUCCGCUGGCCGUCAUUCGUACUGUUGCGUAGUUAUUACUGAGAGAGAGGAAAAGAAUAAACGAAAUGUUUGUUCUACACUAUUUAUAAAUAUUAAGGAUUUUUCACGUGUUACUUCAUCUUUUUAUAUUAGAUCACUAUAAUCCCUGAAAUGAUGAAUCAUUAUUUUUCUUUUAAAAAUUUAUAAUUCAAAAGUCGUAUGAACCCUUAGCUCUUUAGUUAUUUUGUCACAAUAAUAAGUCAUAACAAACACUUCAAUAAACAAAUAAACAGUUCAAAACGACACCUACUGUGUAUAAAAACUGAUAUCCGAAUAUUUUUUUAACUUUUUAUUAUAUAUUAUAGUUUAAACGAAUUUAUUUAUUUUGAUUCCCUAAAGUAUAUAACAUUAGGGAAUUUCUUUAAAUUAUUUUAUAGAAGAUUGAAAGUAUACAUAUUCCCUGAUACAAGCAAUAAUGUAAACGUCACCACUAUGUACUAAGUAUAUAAUGAUAAAGCCUCUCAUUUGACAUGUGGGUUUCUAUAUUCCUAUAUUUAUAUAGUUAAAUGUCUCGACUUGUUUGACUUUGAAAAUAAGAUUAGAUACAUGUUGAUACAGAAUGUUACCUACGAAAAGUGUUUCCUUCCAAUAUACCACAACACUAAAUAUAGUGAGAGCAAAGUUCUCAUCUGAAGAAAAUCAAUUGCCCAGUUUAUUUUUUCAUUUUUACGUUGUAUACAUACACUGAAGCUGAUGAACUAAUUCAACAGUAACAAGUACUGUUAAAAGGGCGGGGGUUAACAAUCACCCAAAACGUGCAUUAAGAGCAUGUCAAAUUCUAGCAAU